AUGUUCGAGUACAAGCGGCCUAUUUCCUCCAUUUUGGAUGGACCCAGAUUUACAAUUGCUAAAAUAGGGAAUACUUACUGUGUAGUAGCUGCAGUAAACAAUUUUUACACGAUGUAUGGAGCGGAGAAGCUCAAUACAAUUGGAAUGUGCAAGGAGGGAGAAACGAUUAAAGACAUCUGCACACUAGAUAGAUAUGUGGCUACAGCCACUGGCACAACCAUUAACAUAUAUAACAAUGGCGUGCAGAUCCAAGAAAUUGAGGUAGGGAGUGCAAUAAAGUCAUUCUUCCCAUGCGAUGAGUAUAUAGUGGCAGUACUGAAUGAUUCAGUUGUGAGAAUCUAUCUGAAUGAGAUUGAAGAGAUUGAGAAGAAGCAGCUGGAGUAUACAAUAACAAAACUAAACAAUAUUCCAAUGCACUUUGAAAGUGUGCACCAGCUUACUUUAAAGAAUAAAGUUCUUGUGGUAGCACAGGGAAAGAUGUGCAUAUACUCAGUAGAUAAAGAUAAAGCCAUCUACACUUUAAAAUGCACUGAGAUUGGUAGUCCAGUUGUUGAUGUAUCCUGCUCUAUUUCAGCAGAGAUUAUAGCCGUGUGCACAGCAAGCGAUGUAUUGGUUCUGCAGCUUAAAAAAGACAUUCUUCUACAGAAGUUCUCGUUUGAGUCGAUUCAGUCGCUAGACUUUAGAAGAAGCGGCCAGUGCAAGGAUCUAGCAGUGCUUACAGAAAAGGAAGUGAUUAUUCUGUGCCUAGAGCAAGGAUUUGUUAAGAGCAGGCAUGCACUUAAGGACAAAUUACCAGAUGCAGCAGGAGAAGAGCAUAUGCGAACUGCAAGGUAUAUAGGAAGUGAAGGAUAUUUAGUCAUAUCACAGAGGAAUGAACUCCAGAUACUUGAUUGCCACAAAGAAAAAAUACUCCCGCUGAAAAGGCGUGCUGGUGUGGUAUUUGGCAGCAAGCAGUGCAUGGGGUUUCUUAAAGACACUUUAGUGAUUUCUACAAACAGCAGAGUGUACACGCUUUCUCUGAGAAAGGAUGAGCAGCUAAAAGAAAUUUCUAAAAUGUGCGGGGACGGGCAGCCAGUAUCCCUCUCCAUUGCAAGAGACAACAUUCUUGCCUGUUAUACAAAGGGGAUCUACGCUCUAAAAGAAACAGUUGGUGGAAUAGCCCAAGUCAAAGGAAAGCUAGGAUAUUCUACUCCAAAGGAUUAUAUUGAGUGUGCUAUUUCAUUCUGUGGGAACAGUUUUGCUUUGGUAAUAAAGAGUGGAGAUGCGUCUGUAAAGAUUCUUAUCGCAUCAAGGGCGUCGGGAUUUAUUCUGGGCGAAAUAGAGGAAAGGCCAUAUUUAGCCAUCUCUCUCAACAAUAUUAAGAAGACCCUCACAGUUCUUCACAGAACAGAAAUUCUGGUAUAUUCAUACAAUGGUGAAGUUCUUUCUAAAGCACCAAUUAAUGGAUCUCUAGGCCUGCAAGAAAAAAGCAGCGCCCAGGCAGAAGAGACAGAUGCGAUUGCCAGGAUCGUAGAGACCCGAGCAUACAAGUACUUUGUCAUCUCUACACAAACCCAUGUCUAUAUUAUUAGUCCGAGCGGUGACAUAAUUAAGUCAGUUGAAAAGAAGGAGGGGGCGCCUGUGCAGAUGAGAGUGACUGAAGACCUUAGCUGGCUACUUCUUCUAUCAUCCACAGACGGUGGAUCUGUGCUGGAGGUAAUUGAUAUUCAGUCAGCAUGUAUUCUUUCCACAACACUCUUUUCAUAUACUCCAAGAGACUUCCUUAUUACAAAUGAUAAGAACCAACUGGUUGUCACCACUGAUAAACAGGUUCUUCUGUUCACAAACACAUAUAAGAUACAGGCAGCAGAAACAGAGUAUAGCAAAGCAAUCUCCGAGGGAAUAUGUUUUAGCCCAGCACACAAGUCUAGAAUACGCCUAAUGCUGAUGUAUGACACGCUUGGAGAAAAAAUAGAUGAGGAGGAAGUAAUGGCACCAUACACAAUGCAGAAGGAGAACACAAGAAACCCUCUAUUUAACAUAUCAAAUACCAAGGAGAUCAUGGAUGCCAUACUGGAUGGAAACCACCCUAUAUCCUCUAUAAUCACAUACAUUAAAGAGGUGGAAGACCCAACUUCUCUGAUUAUUGACCUAGUGUCAUCUCUUGAGACAAAGUACGAUAUUUCAGACGCCCUCAUCAAUCGAGUGAUUCACUACAGAAGAACAGACUUGGACAUGGAAAGGCUGAGUGGCCCUCUAAAGAUAAGAGAAAACAUUUCAGAACGGCUUAUUACAAACUAUCUCUCUGUUCUUUCCCUAAUACGCCCUAUCUAAUUUUAAUA